GCACACUGAAUAUUGCUCGCCAGAACACGUCCUCGCUGCUCGCCACAGACUCACACUGCUCGCCAACACUUUGACGCGCCUCCUGUCUGAACCGGUACGCCUGCCUGCUCCCCGGAUCGCCGAUCCGCCAAACGCGCUCGAACCCGACAACGACCGAGCGACGUGCUGCAGCGUGCUCCGUGAAUCGCCAACACACCACAGCAAUUAUCCCUUAUUCGCCGCUGCUGUUUCAGUCGCAUAAGACAGCUCUUGUGCUGUCUCUAAGCAAAACCUUCCAGCCCCUUUGUCUGUCCUGCGGCUGCUUCGGUCAGACGCCGCCUUCCCGACCCUCUGCGUCAGCACUUGCCAACAGACAUCCCACUUCCAACAACAACCAACACUCAACCCGCAAUCAUGGCGACUAUGGUCCAGAAGCCCGUUUCCAACAUCGCUGCGGCCUUUGCUGCCCAGCACGCCUCCCACCACAUCCCCAUCGCGCACGAUGGCGCCCAUCCAGCCUCGGCCAGCACUCUCCUGACGCCUCCAUCUUCGAUAUCGCCCACGCUUUCCGCCCACAAGCGCAGGCCGGCGAUGCCACUACCGGGGAGGGUAGAUACACCGGAGACCAUGGACUUCGACCUGCAAGAUGCGGUCGAGCACGCUAGGGCGCAAGACCAGCCCUCAGCUCUGUCCAAGGAGGCCCUUGCCGGCCUGGACGCUACGCGCCAAAUCACGGCUGCGAUGCUGGCAAAGCAUCACCUGCCCGCCAUCAUCGCCGGCCACGGCGCCAUGCCCAUCCGCGAGAUGAUGGCGCAUCUCACUCAGGCUGUUCCCGGCUUCUCUGGGCUAGCGCCCGCCAAGGCCAGGCGCCUUGUCGUCGCAGCGCUGGAACACCGCGCUGGCGGCGGCAUGCACGGCGAGGUCAAGUUCGAGAAGGUCGGCUGGGGAAGGUGGAGCGUUGCCGGCUCAUCACAGGCUCGCGGUGUACCAAUCGGCAGCUUGCGCGGCGGCAAUGGAACAACGCCUCCGGCUAGUGUGGACAGCACUGCCGGCGGAUUACAGAUCCCCAAAUUGCGCCAGGAGCGCGAUGCGUACCAGGGCAGUUGGAAUGCUGGCUCAUGGUCGCCACCUCACAAGAUGGACGAUGACGAGGAGAUGGCCGACCAGAUGUCUCUAGACGGUUCCGACGACAGCCUCGAGUCCGACUCAGCAUCUGACAUGGACCUCGGUGAAGACCUAGACGACGACACCGAUCAGGAGGACUGGGCUACAAUGGGCCCACAGAUUUCUCGGGAGACCCGCCGCGGCCCGCGUCGCGAACAUCGCGAUUACAAUUACCUAAGCCGCACACAAUCAAGCAACCCACGCUUCCGCAACGCUUCGACUCAAGGCCACUCGUUGCCACAAGGCGGUUUCCAGGGCUUGGUCUCCCCUCGUACUCCAGCACUGGGCAAUACCCCACUUCCUUCGCUCAAAGUUACAGCAUCUCCUGGUGUUACUGGAUCUGGCGCUGAGCGCGAUGCCAUCGAGGCCCUCCUCUCUAUGGGCUCCAUGCCUCGCGCUUAGACCUCCAUUCAAUGUGGUCGCCUCUAACGGCGACACGACUAUCAUCUAGCAUUCUCAACAUUUAUAUUUGCGCACAUUUGCGCUUGCGUUCAACAUUCAACAUUGCAUAUGCAGGGGCA